AUGGGAGAAACUGGAGAUGAUUCAAAAACUCUUAGGGAGUUGUUCUCACCCAUAACCACCAACCCUCCAUCUUGCAUAGUAUUGCCUGCAACCACUGCUGCACAUUUUGAGUUGAAGCCACAGAUAAUCCACCUUCUUCCUACUUUUCAUGGAUUGGAUAGAGAAGAUCCUUAUAUGCAUGUGAAGGAUUUUCUUGAGAUUUGUGCUACUUGUAAGUUUCAGAAUUUCACUGAUGACUCUGUUCGCUUGCGUUUAUUCCCUUUUUCCUUGAAGGAUAAGGCAAAAGCAUGGCUUAAUUAUUUGUCACCUGGAUCUAUCACUUCAUGGGAACUGUUGGUCACAAAAUUCCUCUCUAAAUUUUUCCCAAUGCCUAAGACCAAUGCUUUGAGGAGAGAAAUUGCAGAUUUUUAUCAGGAUGAACAAGAGAAAUUUUAUGAGAGUUGGGAGAGAUUUAAGGACUUGAUCUUAAAGUGUCCUCAUCAUGGUUUUGAAACAUGGAGACUAGUACAAUAUUUUUAUAAUGGUUUGACUCAAACAAAUCGUAACAUGAUUGAGUCCAUGAAUGGUGGUGGAUUUUUGAGUCUUAGGGAUGAUGAGGCAUACAAAUUUCUUGAGAAUUUUUCUGAAAGUUCACAACAAUGGGAUUUUUCCAAUCGUAAAGAGAGAUGUGCCCUUGCAAUUAAAAAAGGAGGAUUGUAUGAAGUCAGUGAAGAUUUAGACAUAAAAGCUAGGUUGGACAAUCUCACUCGUAAGGUUGAAGCUUUAACUUUAGGUAGAGGGAUAAAUUCUGUCAAUCAAGUUCAAAGUGAAACAUGCUCUAUUUGUGCUAGUCCUAUGCAUACAACACAAAUGUGUCCUUCUGCAGCUGGGUACCUUGAUUUUUAUGUUGAGCAAGCAAAUGCACUGAAUAAUUAUGGAAAACCAUUUGCUAGUCCAUUUUCAGAGACAUACAAUCCAAAUUGGAGGAACCAUCCUAAUUUCUCAUGGAGGCAAAGUCAGCCUCCCACAAAUGUAGGUGGACAACAAGUGCAUCAACAAAGUCAAUUUCGUCCACCUACUCAAGCAUAUCCUCCCAUUCCUCAAUCAACACCUCAGUUUGUAGCACCACCAAGACCACAAUCAUCUUUGGAGGAGUCUCUCAAAACUUUCAUGCAAUCAACUAGCCAAGCAAUUCAAGAGAUAAAAAGUUCCACCCAUUUGAAUACUCAAGCUAUUUCAAAGUUGGAAAAUCAAGUUGGCCAGUUAGCAACCCAAGUUGGAGAAAGGGAAAAAGGAAAGUUUCCUAGUCAACCUAUACCUAACCCAAAAGGGCAAUAUGCAAUUAAUGGUUCUUCUAGUUCUACUCAUGCACAUGAAUCUGUUCAGUCUAUUACUACCCUUAGGUCUGGUAAGCAAGUUGAUAAUCAAGUGAAAAUGCCAGAAGUGGAGGAUGAUGAAAAUAUUGUGUUAAAGGAAAAGGGAACUCAUAGUUCACAGGAUGAUCAUAGAGAAAAGAAGGGCAACUCAACCUCAAUUCCAAUUCAGGAUCUUAAUUCCCCCCUUGAUAGGAGGUUUGUUCCUAAAGCUCCAUUCCCUCAAAGUUUAAUCAGUCCUCAGAAAAGUGCACAAUUUGGAGAUAUUUUAGAGGUUUUUAAGCAAGUGCAAAUUAAUAUUCCAUUUCUUGAUGCAAUUCAGCAAGUUCCUGCUUAUGCCAAAUUUCUAAAAGAUCUUGUGACAAUGAAGAGAAAGACAAAUGUCCCUAAAAAGGCAUUUUUGACAGAGCAAGUUAGUUCAAUCAUUCAGAAUAAAUAUCCAGUGAAAUGUAAAGACCCUGGAUCUCCUACAAUUUCAUGCAGGAUUGGGGAUCAUCUCAUUGAGUGA